AUGGGUUAUGACUAUGAAAUAUACUACAAAAAGGGCAAUGAUAAUGGUGCAGCUGAUACUCUUUUAAGGAUGCCUGAAAAUGAGCAUGGUGGGAAAAAUGGCAGGCUAGUUGUGGGAAAUACUCCAAGUGUCAAACAUCAAAUAUUGGAGUGGCUUCAUCUUCUUCUUAUUCUAAGAAAAGUUUGGGAAGGUGUAGCCAUGGAUUUUAUUGAGGGGUUACCUAUGUCAAAUGGCAAGGACAUAAUUUGGGCAUGGGAGCUUUGGAAAGAAGGUGAAGCAGCUGCAUUAGAAUUGGUGGAUCCAACAAUAAAAGAUUCCUUAGCUCCAAAUCAAAUGCUGAGAUGUAUUAUUCAUGUUGGUCUAUUAUGUGCAAAAGAACGACCAACUAAUAGAUUCAGCAUGUCUGAAAUUUUGUCAAUGCUAAUGAAUGGAACUGCCAAGCCUCCUUUGCUGAAGAGACCUGCAUUUUGUUUUAGUGGUCACUCUAAUGCAGCAAAUGAACAUCUUACAAGGCCUAUAUUUUAUUCAGCUAAUAGCUUGAUCAUCUCUGAUUUAUUUGCGAGAUAG